GAUCUGUCUGCGCUACGCCUCCUCCCAAGAGCCUGAAAACAACUGUCCGGUAAGGGACCGCGGCAAAGAUGAUAUGAACGUCCUCAUCUCGAAGUACCGCAGGUUCCGGCAGGACCCUAACCGCUUCCCCACCAUCCUGUACGAAACACCGAACGCACGUGAAUAUUUAAUCCGAAUGAAGUGUGGCAAGAUGAUGGCAGAAAAGCCGCAAUACAAGGAAACCAUUGAAAUGGCACCGGAGAAGGCCUGGCCCUGGCAGGUGCUUGUCGAGGUCAAGAACGGGAGCUACUGUGGCGGCAUCUUGAUUGGGGACAUCUGGGUGUUGACCCCGGCGACGUGCAGCGAUAUCAAAACGCUCUAUUUCGGGGUGAGAAACGUGCAGGACAAACAGGCGGAGAACGUGCAGACGAAGGCGGCGGCGGAGGCCAUCAUCCACGACGACUUCAGCCAACCGGAGCUGGAGAGCGACAUCGCCCUCGUGAGACUGGACAGCGCCGUCUCCUUUACCGACCACGUGAAGCCGAUCUGCAUCCCGGCGCACAGGGUGGACAUGAAGACGAUCGCCCGCUGCCACAGCACCGGGUGGGGCCUGCCACGACCGGGCGCGGCCAACACGCCGGGCUCCCUGAAGCAGCUGAUGGUGUUCCUGAUGAGGCAGAGCGUGUGCGUGUACAUGAAGAAGAUGGCCAACUGGUACACCGACAAGCGCAACCUGUGCACGGAGACGAAAGCGGGACUCCAGGGCGACUGCGGGGCCGACGUGGGCACGCCCCUGUCGUGCAUCGUGGACGACGCCUACUUUGCCAUCGGUAUGGCCCUGGCCGUUCCAGUCCAGUGCGAGACCGGCUGGCACCCGAAUGUGUACUUGCGGAUAUCGGAGUUUUCGCAGUGGAUCCUCUAUAACAUUGAACAGCAUUUGAAAACCACUGGGUAAUCUUUCUGAUGUUUUUUGAGUGAAGUGUCUAUGAAAGCGCCUGCUGUUGCUGACAUGACAUACGACCUCGUCUCGAAGUACAAAAAGUGGGAAAUAAUCGGGUAAAAAAAUAUUCCUUGAGUCUUUUUCUCUAAUAUCUGCGAUCCGCUUAAUUUUAAUGUCUCAUCCAAUUCAUAGAUAAUCUCAUAUUUGCCCCCAUUUUUCCGGCUUGAAAACAAUCCAAUCACGUCACUUUUGCCUGGCCGUUGGAUAUGAUUAAGUUGGAGGUUGAGUCGAAAAUGUUAAAGGCUUUCCAAUCUUGUGUUCACUUCAGCAUUGAAAAUAACAGAAACACCGGCAACCCAAAAAAAUAGAUUAAAAAAACAAACAUUCAAAAUAUAAUUAAAAAAUAAUAAUGAGGUUUGUCUAAUGCGUUUUCCCAUAUUUAAUGUUGCCCGUAAAGGUAUCAACCGUCCAUUGCAUUAACUAUUAGUCACCUUAUAAAUGCUUCAUCAAUUAGGCAUAAAAUAUUUACAAAAAUCUGUUCAUAAAAUAUUCAAUAAAUGAUGUCACUCCAUGUCGCCAUCGUAUGCUCUUCAUCUAGACCAGCACUAAAUGCUCUAUACGAGUUAUUUCUAAGGACGACGCUUAGACCUUGGACAGAAGAUGAAACGUUUGAUGGCAAUGAUUAGACUGUGUUCUAGUUAUCAUGUGAGAGGUCACGGUUUGGAUCUGGAGUAGAUUUCUUGAUUAUGGUGAAUCAAUGCAUUCCACGUGAUCAUUCAUACGCCACGAGCUCUCAUUUCCUUGUUGCUCUACGUCUUAUAGUUCAGAUUGUUUCGUUUUCAGAAGAG